AUGUUUCCCUUUCCAGAUUUCCAUUUUAUUUUCUUUUUCCUUUACUUUUCCUCUCUUUUGUUCUUUCUCCUCCCUCGUUAUUUCUUUGAAAUUUUUUCUCCAUUCAUAUUAUUCUUUAUCUUAUUUCUCAAUUUUGUUUUUCUCUCUUUUUCUUAUCUCUCUGUUUCUUAUCUCUCUUUUUCAUAUCUCUCUUUUCUUACCUCUCUUUCUUAUCUCUUAUUUUCAUAUCUCUCUUUUCUUAUCUCUCUUUUCUUAUCUCUCUUUUCUUAUCUCUCUUUCUUAUCUAUUAUUUUCAUAUCUCUCUUUUCUUAUCUCCCUUUUCUUACCUCUCUUUUCUUAUCUCUUAUUUUCUUAUCUUCUUUCUCUUUUUCUUACCUCUUUUCUUAUUUUUUACCUCUUUUUCUUCUCAUUUCUUACUCUUUUUUUUUUUCUUACCUCUCUUUUCAUAUCUCUCUUUUCUUACCUCACUUUUCUUAUCUCUUAUUUUCAUAUCUCUCUUUUCUUACCUCUCUUUUCUUAUCUCUCUUUUCUUACCUCUCUUUUCUUAGCUCUUACUUUCAUAUCUUUCUUUUCUUAUCUCUCUUUUUCUUACCUCUCUUUUCUUAUCCUUCUUUUUAUCUCCUUUUUUCUCAUCACUCUUUUCUUAUCUCCUUUUAUCCCUUUUCCAUUCCAUAUUUAACAACUUCAUCUCUUCUUACAUUUACUCUUUCAAUUUCUCAAUUUUUGUAA